AUCAAGAAGCUAUAAAUUGAUUCACUCGUAAGUUAUAGAUCAAUUCGCGCACAAGUCGCUAGCCGAGUUGGCUCGCUAGCCGCAUUAGGAGCCGACUCAUGGUUCAAAACAAGGGAGUUCGCUAGUUGGGUUCAACAAGUCACCAAAUCAAACUGGCGAAUGUGUCUUCCGAGUGGAACAAGUUAUAGUUUAAUCUCGACUUCUUAGUCAAUAAAUUGAGUAUCGAACGAGAUUUUCUCGAGGAUUAUUCACAGCUACAACAAACAUUAACGGAAUCCGAGCAGUCCACUUUGAAGACAGUCCGGACCAUGCUUCCUCUUGUAGACCCAAACCAGAAAUUUCAGUUCGGCCCUCUAUUAGGCCCAAGCCAAAAAUAACUCAGAAAUUCAGCCGGGAAAAGAAAAACCUAAACCAGCUUUCCCUCGCUUCCUCUACUCUACUAGUCCGACUGUAGCCGGCUCUCACGAAGCAACCCUAGCCGCCGUCGCCGUCAGUCAGUCCUCUCACCGGUCACCGCUGCCUCUCAUAUGUGCCGUCAGCUCUUCUCUCCUUCUCUUAUUUUUCCCUCUCAUUUCCGUAUGUAACUUGAUGUUUGAUUGAAUCCUUUCCUAUGAAUCACAAUGGUUGAUGACUUGGUAUGAUGCCCCAAAGUUUUCGUAGCUCUCUGUUCUGCUAUCGGAUACUUGACUAUUCCACCUGUUGUUGUUUAAAUGGUUUCAAGCAAGCAUGGUGGCGUUUUGACGGUGCUUUGAUUGGACGACUGAGGGAUGGGAAUUGAGAAAUCUUUUAAGUUUAAGGAUUGAACCUUUCUGUUCUGCAGAAAAUGAUGAAUGCUGUAAAUGCUGAGCUAACCCAGGCAAUUGGAGCAUCCAUCAGGUCAUCGUCAACCAAACUCGAUAUCUCACGUCGAGCUGUAGAUAGGUGUACUUUUAGCCCUUCCUUCAAGAGACGCGCGCUUCAAGCAGUAGAAGUCACUGGUGCAGCUAAAGACAGAGUCUUUGCAAUGGGAAAUGAAAGUGGGAGUAGUGGGUCUAGCAGCGGGCUGACUUACAAGGAUGCCGGUGUAGAUAUAGAUGCUGGGUCGGAACUCGUGAGGAGGAUUGCUAAGAUGGCCCCUGGAAUUGGUGGUUUCGGCGGUCUUUUCCCUCUCGGGGAUUCAUAUCUUGUUGCUGGUACAGAUGGUGUGGGUACUAAAUUAAAACUUGCUUUUGAGACAGGAAUCCAUGAUACCAUCGGCAUUGAUUUGGUUGCAAUGAGUGUCAAUGAUAUAGUCACUUCAGGUGCAAAACCACUCUUCUUCCUUGAUUACUUCGCAACUAGUCAUCUUGAUGUCGACCUGGCCGAAAAGGUUAUUAGAGGCAUUGUGGAUGGCUGCCAACAAUCUGACUGUGCACUGUUGGGAGGAGAGACUGCAGAGAUGCCAGAUUUCUAUGCAGAGGGUGAAUAUGAUCUCAGUGGUUUUGCAGUCGGUAUAGUUAAGAAGGAGUCGGUCAUUGAUGGGAAGAACAUUGUAGCUGGGGAUGUUUUGAUUGGAUUACCAUCUAGCGGAGUCCAUUCUAAUGGGUUCUCUCUUGUCAGAAGGGUUUUAGAUCGAAGUGGUCUUUCUCUGAAGGACCAACUUCCUGGAAAGGACCUUACGUUAGGCGAAGCUCUAAUGGCCCCUACUGUCAUAUAUGUCAAGCAGGUGCUGGACAUAAUCGGCAAAGGAGGUGUAAAGGGCAUAGCCCACAUUACAGGAGGUGGCUUUACAGAUAACAUACCGAGAGUAUUCCCCAAAGGUCUUGGAGCUGCUAUUUAUAACAACUCCUGGGAAGUCCCGCCCGUCUUUAAAUGGAUCCAAGAGGCUGGAAACAUAGAAGAUGCCGAGAUGAGAAGAACAUUCAACAUGGGCAUCGGGAUGGUCAUAGUGGUGACUAGGGAAGUAGGAAGAAGAAUUAUCGAGGAUGGACAACACAAGGCGUGCCUAAUUGGCGAGGUCGUGGGGACCGAAGGAGUGAGCUAUCUAUAGCUGACAGAUCGUUGGUAUCUUCCUUUUGAGUGGUUCCUGAUACGAAACCAGAUAUCUAGAAGUUGCAGGCUGUUUAUGUGCUUUGCUUGUAACCAGGGUGAAUCCUCAAUGAUGGGUAGCUAGAUCUCCUUCACAUAAAAUUUUGCCCUUUUCUCAUUCCCUCCGUAACUCAAUGGGAUAUAACAUGUCUUGAGUUGGAGAAUGCUGUACCAGAGGUCAUACCGAAUAACUUAGCCGGAAUAAUAUUCUAGUGGUACAACCGUGGUUCAAUACGCGUUGUAAUAUAUUGUUGUUAAUCCA